GGCGCAGCGCCGGGGCGAUGCCGGCGGUGCGGCUGCGGCUCCUGGCCGGCUGCCUCCUGCUGCUGCUGGGCCGCGGCGCCGCCGCCCUCGGCCGGGACGCGGUGCCUUCCCUGCGGAAUAAAGGGAUAUUUAUUAUCCAGAGUGAAAAUUCCAGCUUAUGCAUUAAAGUGGACCGAGCUAGCCUUGUUCUGGAAGACUGCAGUCAGCUCUCAGAAAAGAUGUUAUGGAAAUGGGUAUCCAACCAUCGUCUUUUCAACAUAGGCAGCAGUACCUGUCUCGGACUGAACAUCAGCAAACCAGAACAGCCACUAACAAUGCUGGAAUGUGAUUCAAGUCAAUACUCAUUAUGGUGGAGCUGUGAUGGAAAAGCCUUAGUUGGUGUAUCAGAGUACAAAUUAGCAGUUGAAAACAACAAAGAUAUUGUGGCCAAAAAAAAAUCCACUUGUCAAUGGAAACAGUAUAUGUCCUAUGAUGAAGACCUUUGUGAACACCCAUUUCAAGAAACAUACACCUUGCUGGGAAAUUCUUUUGGUUUCCAAUGCGUUUUUCCAUUUAAAUAUAACAACAAAUGGUAUUAUGAGUGUACUAGAGAUGGAAGGGAAUCUGACUGGUGUGCCACAACAACUCACUAUGAGCAAGAUGAAAAAUGGGGGUUUUGCCCAAAUGCUGAGAGUGGCUGUGACAUUUUCUGGGAGAAGAACCCCGACACACACAUCUGCUACCAGUUCAACCUUGCGUCUGUGCUGAGCUGGAGUGAGGCUCGGGCUGCUUGUCAGCUGCAAGGAGGGGACCUGCUCAGUAUCACCGACCCUGAAGAGCAGAACUACAUAAGUAACUUAAGCAGGCAGUUAAAUACCACAGACAUGAUGCUGUGGACAGGCCUGAACCGCCUGGAUGAAGACGCUGGCUGGCAGUGGUCCGAUGGAGCACCUCUAAUGUUUGUGAACUGGAGAGCAAAUGUCUCUGAUAAACGUUUUAAAGAAAAUCAUUGUGCAGUGAUUAAUCCAAGAUUGAAGUAUGGCUGGAACAGUUAUCUAUGUGAAUCUGGAUUGCCUUUUGUAUGCAAGAAAUAUUUAAAUAAGACAGAGCAUGACAGGCUGGAUACAUGGAAGUAUUAUGCCACUCGUUGUGACGCUGGUUGGUACCCACACAAUCGCAACUGCUACAGACUCCAUAAAGAGGAGAAGAGCUGGAAUGAUGCUUCACUCUCAUGCCAAAGUGAAAAUAGCAGGCUCAUUAGUAUAUCCUCCAUGGCAGAUGAAGAGCUGCUGCUUAACUUGCUUGAAAGUGAAAAUGUAACAGAGACAUGGAUUGGAUUAUACAGUAACAACGCCCCUGUUGUUUUUGAGUGGUCAGAUAGCACCCCAGUAAAAUUCUCUAACUGGCACAGACAAGAACCUAACACCUUUCAAAGAACAGGACAACUCUGUGUUUCAGCACAAGGACAUGAGGGACAUUGGAGGAUUAAAAAAUGCGAAGACAAAUUUUUCUAUAUUUGCAAAAAAGCAGGUGAAUUUAAUAGUGUCUCACCUGAACUGGAAUCGAGUUGUCCAGAGGGAUGGGAAAGACAUGGUGGAUAUUGUUACAAAAUCGACAGUACCCCUCGAAGUUUUGAACAUGCUUCCAGUGGUUAUUUCUGCCCAUCUGCACUUGUAUCAGUAACAAACAGGUUUGAGCAAGCUUUUAUCAACAGUAUGAUCCGCAGCAUGGUAAAAUCUGAGAGAACUUAUUUUUGGAUAGGAUUGCAAGACCUUAACAACACAGGAGAAUAUGUUUGGCUAAGUGCAGCAGGAAAGAAUCGCUCCGUGAGCUACACGAACUGGAACAAGUACCAGCCACGUCAUUCUGGAGGAUGUGUGGCUAUGCGAGGGCAGCACCCUGUUGGUUAUUGGGAGGUGAAAAGCUGUAAGGACUUCAAAGCAAUGUCAUUGUGCAGGCAAAAAGUUAAUUCUUACGAAGAACCUGAACUUACCUUUCAAAAACAAUCAAGUUCUUGCUAUUUUGGAUGGGAGUCAGAACCUAAUCUGCUCAGCUGCUACAAGAUAUUUCACAAUGAAAAAGUUCUGAUGAGAAGAACAUGGGAUGAAGCAGAAGCAUUAUGCCAAGAUUUUGGAGCACAUCUUGCUAGUUUUAGCCACAUCUUUGAAGAGACAUUUUUGAACAAUCUAUUAUAUACAAUUUUUGAUAGAACAGAAGAGAGACAGUUCUGGAUUGGAUUUAAUAAAAGAAAUGCACUUUCUGGAAGGACAUGGCAGUGGUCUGACAAAACACCUGUUGUAUCUUCGUUUCUGGAGCACACGUAUGUUGAAGAUGACUCAAGAAACUGUGGUGUGUUCAAAGUAAACAGAACAGUCUUUCCAGCACAUUGCAAUGACAAGCGUGAAUGGAUAUGCAAAAUACCAAAAGGUGUUAAACCCAUGAGUCCAGUUUGGUACACAGCUGAACUGCCCUGGCUGUAUUAUCAAGGAGCAGAAUAUCUUUUCCACGUCAGCCCUGCAGAAUGGGAAACCUGCAAGUUUGUCUGUGGCUGGCUUCGUGGUGGAAUAGCAACAGUAAAUUCUUCUGGUGAACAAACCUUUAUUCAAAAUAAAAUAAGGAAGCUGUCGAAUAGUGAUGUUCACUGGUGGAUUGGACUGCGCGCAGAAAACCUCAGUGAUGGAUUUCGCUGGAGAGAUGAAUCACCAGUAACGUACCAGAACUGGGAUGAAGGGAGGGAAGGAGAUCUGCAGAAACCAGGGAAAAGAUGUGGCUUCAUUUCAUCACAAACAGGACUCUGGGGUGAUGAAAACUGUACUGUUUCUCUUCCCUGUAUUUGUAAACGUAAAAUUCCAAAGAAGAUAGAGAAAGAGAUUCCAAAAGACCCGAACCAACAAGGAGUAUGUCCCAAAGGCUGGUUGCACUUUGGAUUCAAAUGCUUUUUAAUACAAAUUCCAAAGGAUCCAGAACAUCUGAGAAACUGGUACUCUGCACAAGAAUUCUGCAGUAACUAUGAUGGGUCACUUGCAAUCCUGAAAGAUGAACUGGAGCAAGCUUUCAUAACAAUGAAUCUAUAUGGAUGGAAAACUAGUGUUUGGAUAGGUUUCCAGAGUGACGAUUAUGAAAAAUGGUUGAAUGAAAACCCUCAAAGGUAUUCCAACUGGUCGCCGGUUGACAUAGUGGAUAGACAGCAUUUUAACAUUCAAGAUCAACUUCCACUAUGUACAUUGGUAUCAAAUAGCCCUAAUUUUUAUUUUACGGGAAAAUGGUACUUAGAAAACUGUCAGAAAAAUUAUGGGUUUGUCUGCCAAAAGACUCAGGACACAUCCAGACAUGUUAUCAAUGCAUCUGAUAUGUAUCCUGUGCCAGAUACUUUAGAAUACGGAAACAGAAUGUAUAAACUAAUAAGUGGGAAUUUUACAUGGUCUUCAGCUUUAAGAGCCUGCAUGGCAAACAGUGCAGAGCUGGUGAGCAUUACAGACCAGUAUCACCAGGCUUUCCUCACGGUCAUCGUCAGUCGGCUGGGAUACAACCACUGGAUCGGGCUCUUCACUUCCGAUAACGGGCUUAACUUUGAAUGGUCGGAUGGGACCAGGUCUUUGUUUACCUUCUGGGCAGAUGACGAGUCCCAGGCCUUUGGCAGCUGUGUUUACAUUGAUACUUCAGGGCACUGGAAAAGCACAGAUUGUGAACAAUUUCUGCAAGGAGCAGUUUGCCAUGUGCCACCUAAAAAGAAACUCAAUGCCUAUAAAGGCUUAUGUUCAGAAAAAACUGUACCCUGGAUCAAAUUCAAAAACAGUUGCUACAGCUUUUCCACAGUUCUGCAGGGCAUGAGUUUUGAUACUGCAUAUGAAGUCUGCAAAAAUCAAGGAUCCAGUCUUCUAACUAUUCAAGAUGAAGAGGAAAAUGCGUUCAUUUUGGAAGAAUUACACAAUUUUGGUUAUUCUGUACAAAUGGUUUGGUUGAACAUUCUGCUUGUUACAGACAAUGAGACAGUCUCCUGGUUUGAUGGCUCUCCUUUAAAUUACUCUAACUGGGGCAUCAGAGAGCCUGAAUUUGAUCAUCUCAAAGGGAAUUUCUGCAUCAGCUUGAGGACCACAGAUGGAGUCUGGCAAUUAUCUCCAUGCAGAGAAGAAAAGGGUUUUGUAUGUAAAAUGGAUGCAGAUAUUGAUACAACAGAACUCUCUGAAAAAGCAUCAUAUAGUGGACUUGUAGUUCUGGGUGUUCUUGUGACAUUGGUGAUGUUGGCUGCCAUUUCCCUUUUCCUGUGGUGCCUGCACAAAGAGAAUAAUCAGCUCUUCCGCAGGAUACUGUGGGUCAGAAACGCCUAUUUGCUACAGAUUAAUGCUGAUAGUUCUGCUUUGGAAGAAAGCAUCCUCAUUUCUGACUUUGAGAGAAAUGAGAACAAUUAAUUGAUCAGAAGUAGCAAGUGGUCUUGUCUUCUGCGUGAAACUUCCCAACCUACAGGGGUUUUCUCAUCCUUGAGAGUCCCUCGGGGUGCCCAUAUCCUGAGAAACCCUCACAGCCAUCAGUAUCAAUGCUGGAGGAGCUCCCAGCCUUGGAGAGCUUUUGCUUUGUGGCAGGAUGAGGUGAGGAUGCAAGGCAGAACUACGGAGAAAUUUUCUUCUCUGGGACAAGCCAGGAAUUGAAAAUACUCAUAGACCAUAAACCUCCAGCCACUCACUUGGAGCAGUCAUGUUUGAGGUCCCAGAGCAGUGGGCAUUUUCAUGCAACUUUUUCCUUUGAGCACGUUUGGGCCUUUGUGUUUUGUUUUUAUACUUCACAGAACCUGCUUAUGAGCUGGCAUUAAAAUUUGGCCUUGAAUUUAGGAACUCUGAAAUUUAUUCCAAGGAUUAUGAGGAAGACUUUUUUGACUUUUUUUUUUUUUUUUUUUCUUUUUUUUUUUUUCCUGGCAGAACAAACAGUUAUUUUUUCUGCAAAAUGAAAAGUUAUUUGGGUUUGGCCUGUGACGCCUAGUUCACGUUAUAAAAUAAAUUAGUGUAGAGUUAUAAGGGCGUAUGGGCUUUCAUCCUGAACUCAUUAUUUCAUUCAUUUGAGAUGCAUCCAGCAUCCUGUUAAAGAUUUAGCUAUGUCAUCUCUCACCUAGAUUAUUUUAGACAUGGAAUCCCAUCAACCUUGCUUAAAAACAUUUUUGGGCAAUAUCUGUCUGAAGGAAAAACCCCUAUUAAAAAUCUUGCUGAAGUUAUGGAGCAAAUGGCUUUUCUGUCCACCUGCAGUGUUUCUGUGAGCAGUAUUUGUGGACACUCUGCUGAGACCCUGCUCUCCAAAGCUGAGGGAACAUGUGGGGAGCCACGUUGCUGUUCCCAAAGGGUGCUAGUCCUCUAACCCCAUGUAGCAGACGCUUUCCCUUCCAGUGUUUGUACUAAGGUGCUAAGAAAGGAGAUGGAUUUUGCUGACCUGUUGGUCUGCAGGCUGAUGGCUGUGAAGGCGCCAGCUCAGGUCUCUGUACUAUCUCAGUUGCAGCAGUCCAGGACAGAAAUGCUUACUCUCCCUGGGAUUCCCACCACCCUAACCUGUCCUCCACCCACCCCUCUGAAAAUACCUGGAAGCUUUUCAGGGAUUUUAUUUUUUAUUUUUUAUUUUUAUUGAAGUGUGGAAAACCAAAUGUUUAAUGAUGGUUCCUUCAGAAUGUAUUUAGUGUUGUUUUCCACCAUCUCUAAAAGCUGCGGCAAAGGGCUGCAUUUGUUGUUCAGUUUCUUGGUUUCCUUGUUUUAAGAUGACUCAUUCUAAAAAUUUUGCAAGAGCCCUGAGAUGGAGGUAUGUUCCUCAGAAUUAAGCAAGCAGCUCCUGCCAACUGAAAUGUUUUUACACAAUAUUUGUGCACAUGCACAGGAAUGUAUGACUGCCUUUUAGUUAGAUUUCACAUGGCCAAAAAUUGCCUGUUCAUGCCAUAAUUAUGUGUAGGGAUAUUUAAAAAAAUUAUCUAGUACAUAGAAUAUUUCUGUGCUGGUUUACAGAACUGGUUUACUCUUUUUGAUGACUUCUAAUGUUGUAGCUAUCACAAGGUCUUAAUCUGAAAUUUUUUCUGUAAUAUAAAAUAUAAAUAGGUUUUCUGUCUACCUCCCAUCUAAUGGUUUGACCCCAUAUAUUAGUCUUCAGUAAUAUUUUAAAAGUUUUUGUUUAGUCCUCUAGAUUUAUCUAUUGGACUGUUUUUAUUUGCAGUCCACUAUUAGAGUUUGUGGACUGCAACUUUUGAGUUCAAUUGCCAGUAAUCUGUUGUUUAUAUGUAUUUACUGCGAUAGCUUCCUUACCACCGAAAGAAAAGAAAAGGCUUAUGACCUUUCCCCAUGAAUAUUUCACCUAUUCAAACUAUAGGUGGAGGAAUUUAAACCAACAAACCCCCUUCAUCACAUUCACUGACAAGUGUGUAAAUGCUGCCUUCUUACAGUAAAGCAAGCAGAGCAGCUUGCAGGGUGGUUUUUGUUUGCAAGAGUAACGUGUGUCAUCUCUGAGGACUUGUAUUUACGAGGCUACAACGCUGUUGAUAUUAUACAGACUCUGGUCAGAUUUUGAUGUGGUUAAUGAAGUUGUAUUCUUUCACAAAACUUGACAUAGAUGUUUUAUCAAUUUUCCUUGAGGUAUGUUUUAUUCCUUAAAAUAUAUCUGAAGGGUAAGGGCAUAAUCAAUAAACCUAACCUCAAAAUAGUGAUUGUUGAUUAAUGUUGAUGUAGAUGAGCUCGUAUUAAAAAAAGAGUUCAAGCGAUGUUUUCUUCCUACUUUGAAAUGGUUUUGAAGGAACAGACCCUUAGAUAUUUGUUUUUAAAUCUUUCAUCAUUUAAUUUUUUAUAACUGCAGAAAUUAUUCACUCAAGAAUGUAAUCAAUGAUUGCUUUCUAGUCUUCCUUUUGGAUUUUGUUAUCAAUGGCUUUCAAUCUUUUUCCCUUAAUCAGAGGUCUCCUAUACUGUCCCUGAUCAGAGUAUGUGGUGACCAUGGUUUUACUGCUGACCUUGAUGACAUUGGCAGUGAGAUUCACUGUAUUAUUUCAACUGGAAAAUUAAAGCAUGACUAAUA